AAUACGGAGGAAUAUUAUUUACGACACCGGUGUCGUACAAUAAAUAGCAUCAUUACCGCUUGAUGUUUCUUUUGAGCGAGCCGGCACUCCUCCACGUUGGAGGGGAUUGGUCGUACAAUAUGCACGGUUUAGUCGACUGUAUCUGGUGGGAGUGCGAAAAAUAUGCGAGGACGUCUACCGUACCAUGGCUGUUAUCAGCCGGGAUGACUGUAUCUUGACAACGAACCGGGCAAGUUGGAACGGGCGAGAGAGGAGGAAAUUCGAGCAAUGGGUGCUUUUGGCGCACACGAAAAAGUAAGGUGGUCGUGCUAGCUCUCUGACCUUACGCAUCUCCGAUCCUCUCGCAUCACGAACUUCACCCUCGCCUUUUACUACUGUAGGAUGAACCGUGCGGAGAGGAUUCUGCUCAUUGUUGACCCCACAUUGUGGAGUAAUAAAACAACGCAACAAACAGACAACGACAACAAUAUACAAACUAUUGUAUGCAAAGAUACAGCAGUAGACCCCAUACACAGCCCACACACAGCAGCCGACAGCCAACAGCGACCCGCCGCACACCACGACCGACGCGAACCCGCAUGGUAGAACUUGCUCCUACUCCGUCACAGCUGCUGCUGCUAACGAUCUCUUUCCUGCUGGUGCUGGUGC